AAUUUUUUGUUGUUAUAAACAAGCUUAUACUUUACUGGCUAUGGAGGAAGGUUUAUUGGCUUCAAAAGAGAUGUUGAAUCAAGUUAUAAUCUUGCAAGAUUUUUUUCGAUUACACGUUCAAAGUAGACGUGAAGGGAAAAAUGUAAGUUUAAAACGACUAAGCAUUGUUCAAGAAAUAUUAAAAACCGAAAGGAGUUACCUUCUUGGCCUUAAAAUUGCUGUUAAACCUUAUGGGAAUGCUCUAUAUGAAUAUAUAAUAGAGAAAUCUGCCGGUGGCCUUCAAGCAAAACAAGGCGAUUCACUUAGCACUCUCAUUUCCGAGCUUGCUCACUUGGAACGCAAGCACACCAUUUCCUUAGAAAAGCUAUCCACGCUGGUUGAGUGUUGGAGUGAAAGUACGUGCAUUGGCCAACUUUUUUGUGAAAUGGAGCCGUGGUUGAAUCUUUAUGUUCGUUAUUGCGCUUUCUUUUUGAAAGGAAGCGAACAGUUGGAUGUCCUUUUACUUGAGGAGAGUUUUUUUUUAAAGCAUGAAGAGGUUCGGCAUCUCCCUCUUUGCAAGAAGAAGCCGCUUAAGAGCUUUUUGCUUAUGCCUAUUCAGAGGAUUCCGCACUAUGUAUUGCUGUUCAAAGAGCUUUUACUUAAAACAGAUCACUCGAAUCCGGAUUUUGGUCCACUAGAGAGGGUGCUGACUUUAUUUAAGGAUCUCGCGGCCUCUAUGAAUCGACAACUAAUUCUUUACGAAAACACACAGAAUCUGAUCGCGCUUCGUGCGCGCUUUACCGAAACGAAACUCGCUGCACCCUGCAAGAGACUACUGACAACCGGUCUCUUUAUUAAAGAUGGCGUUCUGCACUGCAGGGGGCGCCCCCACAAGGAGAUAAAGUUAGCCUAUCUCGUGCUUUUCAGCGGAGCGCUUCUACACGGCCCCGCCAAGUCCAAGUUUUCAUUUUCAACGUUGCGACUUGGAAUGCAUAAAGUUAGGAACACGGCAAGUGGUUUUUCUUGCAUCCGACUUGGAGGCGCCGUGGUGGAAAGGAAAGGGAACACGCUUGCCAUCACCGCAUCUACCACCUCACUGACUCUUGUUUUUAGCUGCAGAGAGCAGAAGCUAUUAGACGAAUGGAGUGCGGCGUUUAAGCUCUCCCUCGAGCGCGUGGAUCCUCAAUUAGAGCAGGAACUGCUCUCGCCGUGCCUUGAAAACCUGCUGACUACUUGUUCUAGCGUGGAUUUUUACGGGGAACCGAAACAACCACUUUCCGAUUCAAGCGGAGUGAGAAGAUCGCAGUCUGUCUUGAGCUUUUUGCGGAUGCAGCUCAACAGGGCCCACUUUUUGGGGAAAGAGAAGAAAGUACGAUGUUAUACACCCGACUGAGCACGUAACCAUUCUUCUCUUUUCCACUUCAGCUUAACGCACCCUAAUAAGACGCACAUGAACGGCUGUCAGGGUUUAUGACUUCUAUAAAGAAGCAUGCU